GGUCAGAUUUUUUCAGCAGUGAUUCGCGGUUCCACAUUAUGCUCUUGUAAAGUUAGUUAUGCUCAGUUUUCGAUUGAUUUCGUAUUCGCGGUGCGUGUUACAGUUACCAUCAUCAGUUCUGUUCAGUAUACACGAGUAGUAUAAUUUUGUUGAAAACGUAAUCGUUAUGUUUUAUUGGGUGAUUGACGGCAGGGUCGAGUUGACUUGAGCGAGUAAUCUUUAUAAUAAUUAUUUACUUAUCGACAGUGUUGCGUAAUAAGAUUCUGUUUUUGUUAAUUAAAAGUGUUCGCCGAAUGACCAAUUUCACGGCACCGUUACACCAGCGUCAGCCAGAGUCAGAGCCAGAGCCGCAGCCGGUGUAAUUAAUCGAGAGAAAAUGUCAUUUUGUGAGGAAUGUUACGGUUGAUGAGUUGAAGAGUCUCUGUGUUGACAAAAAAAUUUUUUUACUCGAGGAUUUGGAUUUCUCAGUGUCGAGUGGAAUUGUUUCUGCUGGUUUGACGAUGGUGAUGAAGUAUUUUGGAAUAUUUUAAAAGUGGAGAAGUUUUUUUUUUUGGAUUUGGAUGUUUGAGUGGGUUGCCAAGGGGUUCUGGAAAAGGUCAAUAAUUGUUACAUAUGUAAUUCAACUCGGAGUUCUUAGAGCUAUUCCAAAAUGUAUCUCGAAAUAAUCAGAAAUCGAAUUUCUGAAAUUGUGGCCGGAUGCCAAUCAAAUGAGAGUGCCAAUAUGCAGAUGGAAAACGACGUCACGCCUGUAUACCUGGCAGCUCAAGAAGGACACCUAGAAGUCUUAAAGUUCCUAGUUUUAGAAGCCGGUGGUUCGUUAUACGUUCGUGCCAAAGAUGGCAUGGCUCCGGUGCACGCGGCCGCUCAAAUGGGCUGUCUUUCCUGCGUCAAGUGGAUGGUGAAAGACCAAGGAGUAGAUCCGAAUCUUCGUGACGGUGACGGAGCCACUCCGCUGCACUUCGCCGCCAGCCGAGGCCACGUCGAUACCGUUCGAUGGCUAUUAAGACACGGUGCAAAGUUACUAUUGGAUAAGUUCGAUAAGAGUCCUAUAAACGACGCUGCUGAAAAUAAACAAAUCGAAUGUUUAAAUGUGCUCGUUCAGCAUGGAACUGUACCAGAUUACUAUGACGAACGUAAGGAAGCGAAUGGAAAAUUGUACGGGUGUACUUGUCCUAAAGGAGACCCUAAUGCAAAAUGUUCGUACGCUGACUGCGUAAACUACAACCCAAACCAAGAACCUUUCUACCUGCACCCUCCAUCGAUCACAAACGUACCCUCGAACAAGACCAAGAUCACGCUGACCAAUAACAAACUGCACAAUAGCAAUAAAAAUGUGAUAUGCACUUCAUCCCAUGCCAUCUCGAACUCGAAUACCAAUUCGAAAACCAUUAACAAAAAUGGCAUCGUUAAUAGUACGAGUAAACAGCAACCAGUAGAUAAUCACAGCAAAUGCAACGGCAUCGUCAGCAACGGUCACAGCGGCAGCGUAGGAGGUGGAAGUAUCGGCGGCGGAUUCUACAUCAAUCCUAUAAAUUCGGUUUUAUCGUCUGAAAAUCAUACGAGAAAUCCUAACGAUCCGUUUUACCUUCAUAAUCCGCGAGAAGUGAUUUAUACUCGAAUUCAAGACGUGUUUAAUGUAAAUGAGACGCGAAUCCGCAGAGUCAGCAACGAUUCGAGUAUUUCGUCCGGAUCGUCAACGUUGGCCGCUAAAUCAAAUUCUUCUAAUGGUCUCACGGUUAAAGUAGAAGUCCACAGUAGCAGUUCCGGUGCCGGAUCCGAUACAAAUCUCAGCUCGCCGGAAAUUAGUGAAAAUAGUAAAACCGAGAACGAAUACGAAGAUAUUUACGUGGUCAAAGAGACCACCAUAAGUGAACAAAAGGCAAACGCUGUUAUUCGAAGAGGCAGCAGAGAUUCUGGAAGUCAUAGCAGAUCAGAAUCAAUUAGUUCGACUAAUAGUAACGUUGUCAUUCACGUUACAUCAACGCUCAGUGAAAAAUUAACGGAUAAUCACGAUGAUUUUGAAUCAGGCGUAUCCAGCGCAUCACCUUCAGAUUUAGGCCAUUCCGAAGAAGAAACAGAGGUAUCAAAAGUCAGCAGAGCUCAUCACACGUUACCUCAUCAACAUGCCAAUAACAGGUUACUCAAGAGAGUUGUUUCCGAGCCAGGUGCCAUUUACUCACCCCCUCCGCCGCCGCCUCCUCUGCCUGAUAAUAAUAUGAUGAUGUCGCCGGAUACCAAGUAUCCGCGUCAAAUGGAGCCAGCCAGUGUGAGGACGAGCGUCAUGGUGGAAAGUAUUUCGUCCAGUAAAACUGGAUCGUCGACUAUAUUGCUCAAAAGCGAUGACUCAAAUUCCGAACUAUCCCAGUCAGCUGGCUCGUCGCAGCAGCAGUCUGGAGAAUACUCUUCUAGUCCUGCCAGUGAAAGGUCGACGGUAGUUGUGACAAGUUGCUCUUCCGUAGAAGCGCCGCCACCACCGGCUCAGCCAGCUCAAGAGGUAGCCAGUGGCGGACCUAAUCUCGUGAAUAAACAACUCGUGUUGCCAUUCAUUCCGCCUAAAUUUUCGAAUAUCGAUAACGAUUCGAAUUCGUUGAUUAAACCGUCCGAGUAUUUGCGCAGUAUAUCGGCCAAUAAGAAUUUCAAAUUGUACAAAACCAAAUCCGAAGCGAACAUAUCGACUUUAGAAGAAAAACAACAUGUGCCCGUUGUGAAGGAGAUACCUUUGACUAAGUCGCAGCAACAAAACGGCCCGCCUCCGCCGCCAUUGCCUGAUCUGCAUAAAUCGCCGACAGCUGCGUUGAAAAAUCAGCCUUUGAGUUUCAUCAGCACCAACGACCUGACCAGUAUACAGCUGAAAAGAACCGAGAAAACCAUCGCGUCUAAGACCAUGUCAGCGCCUAAUGGAGUUAUACCUGCGCCUCCAUCGCAACCUUUCCAGUCUCAAAAACAAGAUUUGAUCGCCGAACUCAAAAUGUCUCGAGAUAUUUCCGGUAUUAAGAAAAUGAAAGUCGAACGAGUCAAGAUGGAAGAAAAACAAGAAAAAGAAUUGGUCACCGAGAUCACCAGACAAUUUUCCGUCGAAAACUUCGUCGAAAAAGUAAAUUUUCAGAUACCAGACACGGACUCGACGGGUAACCCGAUUCCACCGUGGAAACGACAAAUGUUAGCUAAAAAAGCCGCGGAAAAGGCUAAAAAGGAGUUGGAAGAGAAAUUCGCCAAAGAAGCAGAAGUACGACGGUUGCAAUCGAUUCCUGCCUGGAAACGUCAACUUAUGCAAGCAAAAAAGACUGAAGAAAAAUUAUAUGUGCCUCAUUUGAAAGAAGCCGUCGCCAAUAAUACCGAAAUGACGGUCAACCUUAGCGUAACUGGAACUCGGACUAUGCUGAAUGGCAAUAAAUCAUCGUCGGACGAAGAAAACAAUAAAGAAAACAGCGUACCCGAAUGUAAACUAGUAAACGGUAACGAUGCCGAAAAACGUAAACAAGAAGAUGAUGUCGACGAACAAAGUCAUAUAAUACCCUGGAGGGCUCACUUAAGAAAAACUAACAGCAAGCUUAAUCUUUUAGAAUGAAGACAACCUUGCCUGUUAUUGAUAAUGUACGAUCGUUAAUUCGUUUUAUUUAACUUUUAAUAUCGUUAAUUUUUUUUUCCUUUAUGAUUAUUAAUGUGUAUUAUUACCUGUACCUAUCCAUCCAGAAUGUAUUAAUAUAGCACACGUUGAUUUUUUUUCCUUACUCGCAUUCGUUGUAAUAUUUAAAAAAAUAUGAUAUCGUAAACGAUGUGUGAAUAUGUGUAUAGUUUUUUUUUUAUUAUUAUUAUUUCGCCGAUGUACUUAGUUAAUUGUUUAUGAAAUUUAUAAUAUAAUAUUAUUGAGCACUAGUUUUCAA